AUUUAAGCCAAGAAAGCAUAGGAAGAACCUGGAAAAGAGAAAAGGGAAAAACAGAAAAUUCUCUCUGCGAUGGCUUACGUCGAAAGAGGAAACACAAAACUCGUGCUUUAGGUGCCUACGAUUUCAGUAACAAGCAGUCAGCCUCUUGAAAACGCUUUCUGGAUCCCCAGGUUCCCGUCCGGCCUAGGGUUUAUCGGGAACCUUCUGAGUUCUGAGGAAGAAGAUGAAUCCAUUGACUUUAGUGAAGCGGAUUCAGAACAUCAAUGCGAAAGAAGCAGCCCUGGGCAUCUCCGACGAGGCGUCCUGGCACAGCAAGUACAAAGACUCUGCUUAUGUUUACGCCGGCGGCCUCCCUUUUGACCUCACCGAAGGCGAUCUCCUCGCCGUCUUUGCUCAGUACGGGGAGAUAGUUGAUGUUAAUCUUGUUAGAGAUAAAGGCACCGGAAAAUCUAAAGGCUUUGCUUUCAUUGCUUAUGAAGAUCAAAGAAGCACAAUUCUUGCCGUAGAUAAUUUGAAUGGUGCCCAAAUUCUUGGGAGAACAAUCAGAGUUGACCAUGUUUCUAAAUAUAAAAAGAAAGAGGAAGAGGAUGAAGAGACUGAGCAGCGAAAGAGGGAGGAGCGUGGGGUUUGCCGUGCCUUCCAGAGGGGUGAGUGCAAUCGCGGAGCAGGGUGUAAAUUUUCGCAUGAUGAACGAAGAGCUGCAAACACAGGAUGGGGUCAUGAGGAAGAUAGACGUUCAAGAUGGGCCAAUGACAAGUUUGAGGGUUCCACAGGUAACAGAAAACAAUCUGGUGUGCCAGACCGUGUUCUGGAAUCUGCUAAUCAGAAAGGGCGUGGGUUGACAGAUAAGGACUACAGAGAUUCCAGGGCGAAGGGCACCAAGACGGGCUUAGACAGACACUAUGAACAUGGUGAAUUGAGUCCCACAGAUAGGGGACACAGGGACUAUGAGAAGAGAUUGGACAGAAAGGAGACAGAUGCGAGGCAUAGGGAUGACAGGAAUGACUUGCGUGAUAGAGAGUCAAGGAGGCGUGAUGCCAAAUCAAACUCGGGAGAAGAUCGUAAUGGUAGAGAUGAGAAAAGAUCAAGAAAGUAUGAAGAUGGAUCCUACACAAAUGAGGAUAGAGAUAGUAGGUGUUUGGACAGAAGGUCGACUCGUGAUAAGGUAGCCUCCCCAAGCCGUCCUAGAAACUCUGAUGAUGAUCAUCGGCAUAGGUCUCUCAGGUAGCAGGAAUCCUCUAGUUUUGGGGACAGAUGCUGGGCGUUUCUAAUGACUACAGGCUCUUGGUUUUUGGCUCCACUGUACCCUUCUUCAGGUUGCCUAGUUUUAUCAUGCGUGAGGAAAAUUGCAGCAAGGCAAAUAAUGACUUACUGCAUACUGUUGCAUUUGCUACAAGAUGGUACUAUUUGAUACCUUAAUUCCGAGGAAGGCAUUUAAUUAAGUAGGUGCCUCUCCCAAAUGUUGCAUUAUCAAAGUUGUAAUGGCUGUGUGAGACUAGGGAUAAAUCCGUUAGAACCCCUUGUUUGCAUCAAGGUAAAUGGUUCUUUGCCAUUCAGUGUACUAAUCUUCUAAGCCAAGUUUCCUUCUAGAGUU